UGAAGAGCUGAGUGGAUCACCAAAACAACAUUAAGCACCUUUCUUUCUGUGUCUGUGGUCUCUCCCUCACCCUCUCCGCGCGCGCGUGUGCGUGCGUGUGUGUGUGGUGUGCAUAUAGAUAAUAAGCUGCUCCGCCACUGCGCAACGAUGGAGCUAUCGCAACGAUGGAGAUGACGCAAACAGACCCAGCUCUCCGAAAAAGUGUUUCAAGACGAACAUGGCGGCAACUUAACCGCGGUCCAAGAUGACAAUGGCCAACAGGAGAAAGGAUUCUAGGCUUUCCGCCCAGGUACGGGACAGAGAAACCAGCCUGCCUGCAUCAAAAGGCUCGUCGCUCUCCUUUAAGUGAAUCUGCAAAGCGAACGGCGGCAGACGCGCAGCAUCAGCACCGAGAGGCUCGCAACAGCUGGUCUCCCUGCGCCCCCCGACGAGAGAACAAACCCGAGGAGGGACGGUAUAAGGAGAAGAGGGACAUGCGGUCAAAGAGGACGCCGUUUCCCCCCGGAGAGCCAUGGAGAACCGGGAUGCGGCAGCGCGAAGCUUAAUCUGUGCGGGCACGCUAAUUGGAUCGGAAUAGCACCGAUUGCUGCGGGCGCGAUAGUGGAGCGCCCUGGACCGGCGGAGGCACGGCACCCCACCGUUACAGAGGAGAACCAACCGGAGUCCAUCUCCCAACAAGUCAAUGAGUAUUGUGGCAGAGCAGCCCCCGCGGUGGAGUCGGCCAGGGCAGCACUUUCCUAAAAUAUGACCAGGGGUGCUUGGAUGCGUCGGCAGCAUGACGAAGGCUUAAAAUACUGGUUUGCACCCCGAGAGAACGAGAAGCCAUUUACCGAGUCGGAGCGGGCCCAGAGAUGGCGACUGUCGCUGGCCUCUCUGCUGUUCAUCACCGUCCUGCUCUCUGAUCACUUGUGGUUCUGCGCCGAGGCGAAACUGACGCGAACCCGAGACAAGCGGUCGGACGAGGGGCUUGCAAUUACGGACAUGGGCGAGUACCCAAACUCCCUCCAGCGACACCAUAUCCCAACAUCACCCGACCCCCACCGUCUCGCCAGAGAGCAAGAUGUUAUUUUUCUAGGGAAUUCUACCAAACCUCUGUGGCGAAUGGACACCUGUCUCCCCGACAGCGUGUCCAAGGACUGCUUUACUUUCACGGACGCGGAGACCGUGUGCCAGGGCCUCUCUGACGGAGGGGAAAAGGGGACACCGUUGGCGUACGUGAAUCUAAGCGAUUUGUACCUUUCUUUUUGUAAUUCCUACUCACUUUUGGAUUUGUUUCACGGGUUUACGAGUCCGGACGAUUUGAAUUGCACCCUGGAUAUGGCCAAGGGGGUGGAUCUGCUGGGAUGCAGCGAGUGCGUCCGGGCUUAUCAGCGUCUUGACCAGCGGGCGGAGGAGAACUACCGGGAGUUUGAACUGUUGGUUCUGAAAUACGAGACGGAUGCGUACUCGGUUAGGACGUGCAUGGAGGAGUGCAAGAUGGUUUAUAAGCCCUGGCUGUGUUCUCAGUACUUCCAGACCACCCAGAUGCACUGCAGCAAGCGAAUCCCCUGUGGUCAGUACUGCCUGGAGGUGCAACAGCGGUGCCCCUUCGUCCUGCCCGACAACGAUGAUCUCAUUCACGGAGGCAGCCCCAGUUUUAUAUGCACAGGGCUGCUGGAGGACUAUCCAUCAGGUGUGGACCCGCAUGCAGAGUGCUGUGACGUGCGGUGGGACUUGAAAGUGGACAACCGUUCCCGGGGGACCCUGAAAAGAACUCACCCGCCAUGCCAGCACCGUACCUCCCUCAGCUCCUCGGCAGCCUGCAGACUGUGUAACAGCCGGCUCAAACUCUGCCUGCUGGUCCUCGUCCUCCUACACACCGUCGCCAGCCUCACUGCAUCCCACAAUGCAACAGGACUGGGCCUCCCCGCCAUCACGCCUCUGGAGGAGAGCCCUGCCAACGAGGAGUGAUAGAGCUGCCAGGAGGAGAUUGAGGUUGUUAGGGUGGGGGGAUUCCCUCGCCAUGGCAACCGAUGUGGAAAAAUACAGCCACAGUUGCGUGAACGGCCGGAGCUGUGUGCCUGUGGACAUUCUGCAAUGCUCUCCGGCAAAUGGAAAAAUGUGGGAGGCUUUGAGAUGAAAGACACACAAAUCAAUCAAAAACAAAUAAAUAACUAAACAAACAGACAUGCUAAGGGAUUCGACCGGUCCCUUAGGUAGGAAAAAGGGGACAAUGCCACAGCCUUUUGUUGAGAGGGAAGGUCAGCUUCCUCAUGGCUGAGUUUCUCUCACUACGCUUUUUUACACUGUGUUCCAAUUAUUGGUUUCUGUUGCACUGGCUGACUAUGGAAAAACACAAUCAUAUUCUCUUUCUAAUGUUCAUCCUUUGUCUUUGUUUCUGGGUCUCUCAUACAGGAAGAAAAUGUGUUCUCUAAAUAAGACAGUGUAAAAAAAAAAAAAAAAAAAUUAGCUGCAAGUUUGUGCGUGUGUGAUGGUUUGUUUUUCUAGGUUUACCGUGUGCGUGCGAGUGUGUGUGGCCGUGUGUGCGUGUGCUUGUGUGCAUGUCUUUACCUAUGUGUGUGUGUGUGUGAGAAUGAGUGCGUAUUGCCAACACGUAUUCUAAAAGUCUACCUAACAGGCUGGUGCAGCUGAUGAUUUUACAGAGGCCCCCCCUCAGAUGUCACUUAGCUCUGCCAUGCUGGUUUUUUGGCCACAAUCCCAUUAAAGCUUAACUGGGUUUUGAAUGUGGUUCUGAUGUUCGUAUUAAAUUCUGUGUUUUCCACAGGUUUAUGCCCUCACUUUGUUUCGUGAGAUAAUAUUCACCUAUUAACACUGUUUACAAGGAUCAAAACAUGUCCGUAAUUAACAUCAGUAAAAAGCCAACACCUGGCUCAACUUUGAAAAAGCAUCCGGAGACAAGCGGUCCUGCAAUCAAGUCUAAAAAUUAUAUCUCCAUUCAUUUUUAUUACAACUUGGGCUUUUUAUUAUUUACUUAUUUUAGUUUUGACCUUUAUUCCUAUCAUCGCAAUGUGGUUAUCAUGCAACCAUGCAACAACUACAAUAAAAUUAAGUUCAUUAGGGACGAAACUUAAGUGGUCAGCUUAAAUAAAGCCCAGUUCACUGCAUAAACUUAAUGGGUCAAUAUGUAACUGUGGGACUUUUGAUGUCCAUGGGAUAUAUCUUGCAUACAUUUCUAUUAAAAGUUUAAAAAAAAAACAAAAAACUAAUGGUUUUUAUGUUCAUCAUGAUCAUGUCUUUACAAAUUCCAUAAUUGUUUAUUAUGGAAAAAAAUCACUUAUUAAUAAAAAAAAAAAUACUGGAUAUCACUAAAAUGUCAACUCAGUAGCCAUCCAAAUUUAAUAACAACCACCUUCUAAUUAGCUAAACAAUAAUAAAAUGAUCUUAUUCAAAAAUAGUUUUAAUUGUGUUCAGCAACAGCAAAAAUGUCAACUAUGUUCCAAAAAGUCCCGCAAUUAUUUAUUGACCCUAAAGCAGUAAUCCAUUGUCAUUGUUUUACUGUGAAGGAAUCAUUCUGAGUAUUUCAAAUGCGUUCAUUUUGAGUUUUUUAUAGCAAAUCAGAAAAAUAAGUGGCAGUUACACACUAGAUUUUAUUGUAGUGAAAUGUUUCUAAGAUCGCACCAAUUUGUAUGUUUUAUAGAAUGUUGUCAUAACCAACAGGACAAAUCAUCAAAACUGCAAAAAUAUAUAGAAACCCAAGUUGUAAUCUGGCAGAAUGAUCAUUAAGGCUUCAGGUUAACAAUAUAAUAGGGCUGAGCCAUAAGAACAAAAUAAUACCACAUAUCUGUAUGUACCUCGAUAAUGACAGAUAAAUCUUUGAAUCAUUAAAAUACAUAUUCAAAAUUUCCAGAGAACCUAGAGGGUAGUUAAAAUUAUGUUGUUUUUAAACUACCCUCAUAGUCAGUAAAAGGGUUCAGUUAUCAACCUUAUGUGAUGCUUGUUACCUUGAUUCUAUAUUAGACCAGGAAUCACUUUCACCUUUGUUAAUAAGUGCACACUCAACUAAAAACAAAGCAAAAAUAGGACAAUUUUAUCUCACCAAACAAAUAUGAAACUGUCUCUGACUUGUGUUAACCCAGAAAGUUCUUUCAGUCCCUUUGCCAAAACCCUGUUCAGAUUCUGGUCACUUUUCAGCCACAUGGCUCAGCAAAGCUAACUGAUACGGGGAUUGUAACGCUGGGUCAAUAUAUUUAAGACUGUUCCUCCAGACAUUAAGGGUUUUAGUUUAGAUUUUAAAGGUAAAAUCCAGUCAAACUAUGUCUGCAGCAGAGAAAAAGUGGUUACCGAAGGUUAGAAGUCUUCUCUUUGAUAUGCAUUUAUUAUAUAAUGUGACUGCAGUAUGAGUAAUAUAUUAAUUAAUUCCACCAACACAACUUGAAAGCCUAAUUUACUGAUUGUCCUUUACUGGAAUUUUAACCUCAGGCCUUUUUAUUCAAAGGAAAUGUGAUGACCUGAUGUUACCUUUAAAGAUUUUUCACAGUUGGUCAACUGUAAUUCCCAUGCAGUUAUACAGAAGAUAAACAUCUCACUAAGAAAGGUAGUUUGCUACCUGCAAAUAUACAGGUUUAAGACAUGAUAAUCCUGCUCCUCUGGCCAAUUACAUUGAGCUGGUCCUAUACAGUGCAUACUGAAUGACGCUCUACAUCUGACCACCAACACGGAGACGAUUUGGUUAAAAGUCUGUUUGUUUCUGUUAAAUCAAAAUGUGUACUACAUGAACUGCAUGUGGAGGCUGUGCGAGGUUAUGGCUGCCUCUUUUGUUGACUGUCCUCAGCCCCGUUCCCCUGUAAGCACCACAUCUGAUCCCAAAUCAGCUCCUGUAGCAUGCCCACUGUCUCGUACUUUUCUCCUCCAAACAUCAAACUAAUGUCUCAUUAAUUAAAGGGCUUAUUAAGAUAUACAGUUCAAACAUUCUCAUCCACACAUUCAGACACAUUCGAAAACGCCCAAAUUGUUAGCAGGCAAAGGGUAUUAAAAAAAAAAAAAAAUGAAGCGACAACGAAACGUGGCUCAUUUCCUACUUUGUAAACUCAUACAACUUCAACACAAAGGCAUUUACUGGCUGUUACUGGAGAGGGGGAACAGAAACAAAUCCAGAGAGAGGAGCACGUCAUUGUUUGUGUGAGCACUAAUAGCAUUUCCUGAUAAUCGUCUAAGUCAGCUGACACUUUGGUUUAUUUUAUUAAAUGUCGACCAGUGUGUGAACAGAAAGGAAUGGCGUGACCUUAAGGGCUGACUUCUUCUUUAGUUUCUGGUUCUACUUUGUGUCUUUUUGAUGGCUGUGAGAUCAGGUGUCUGAUAAAGACAAGCAGAUAUAGCUGGAAGCAUUUGUUCUUUUCCACUCUAAAGUGUGUUUAUUACUUAUAUGAGAUGUCCAAUCUGAUAUCUGAUGUCAAGAGUUUUAUUAUACACCUUAUAUGAAGAUUUAAAAUUAAUCAUUAUUCACACCAUGUCUAUAUAGAAAGUAUAUUGGCUUAUUUUGACACUUGCUGUUUAGACCCUGCCCCGCUCCUGCUUGCAUGAAAUACACAACUGCUCAUUUGGCACAGCGCACCCAUGCCCAUCUUGAAUGACUGCAUUCAGUGAUAGAAAACUGCUGCUAUACCAAUGGCCACCAGUAGAUGGAAAUCUAUUUAUUCUUUUACUCUGAUACUGCUGCUGACGACCGACUACACAGGAACUGUCUGAAAUACAGGGAUCAGGAAGGCUGUGGAAGAAAAUGUGAAUCCCCACUCAUCUGUGGGUAACAGUGUGCUGUUGUGUGUGUGUGUGUGUGUGUGUGUGUGUGUGUGUGUGUGUGUGUACCACUGCCUAAAUGCAUAUACAUAGAUGUGUGUCCAUCUCUACUUGCUGCAUGUUCUCUGGAGAACUCAUCGGCGUUGCCAUGACCUUGGGGCUGCGGGACAGAUGUGGCAAACCACCACUGUCUUCUGACGCACAGGGAGCCGCUACAUUAGCCGUCCCAUCACUCAGCGCAGCCUUGAAGCUGCAUGAAUUGUAGUAUGAAACCAUUGUAGUGUACAGUGUGUAAUAACUGCAUUAUUGCCCCAAGACCCCAGAAACAGCCCAGGGAUGAUUUAUAUUCCCUUUGCCCCUAUUUUAACAGAAUACCCCCCAAUCCCCAAUAUGAAAUGAAGUAGAGGAUGGCAGACAGAGUGCAGAUAAGACCAUGAAGUAAAUGACAGUGACUGGUGCCAAAGCACUCCUUGUAUUGAGUAAAAUAAACCAAAUCGAUACACAACACAGUGCUUUAUAUAAUUAAAAGAGCAAAAGGAGGAAUACAGGGUCUGCCAGCGUUGCAGAAAUGUGCCAUGUUAGCAAUAUAUGAUUGCGCCUCGCGAUGGUCACGCAACCCUCGUCACCAGCACACACCAGAGAUCUCAUAUAAGCGGCGUAUGUGUGGUUUCACUCUGCGUCUCAUGCCACCAGUCACAGUGUGAUGUAACAGCCAUCACAAGCCAACUGUUGUUCAUACAAAUAAGCCUGCAUUCACAAGUCAUGCAGAGAGCAUGUCUGCUUUACAUGCACUAAUGCGUCCUCACUGUGGUUGCAUGGGUGCGAAUGCUGUGCGUAUGUGUUGUCCAUCGCUGCCCUUCACACACGUUUGCACCAAGGAUUGGCAAUUUUUUUGUGCGCAAGAUUCCUUCCAAAACGAUAAUAGAAUUAGAUUCAACUGAAGUAAAUCUCUGAUUUGACUUUUGUUAGUAAUGCAGGCAUGCACGCAGCAGUUACUCUGUGAUGAUUUAUUUAUUUAUUUACGUUUCAGUUUGUCAAUUUUUUACUGCAUUAUACUGAGAAGAAAUUGCGUAGGGUCCUAUAGAUUCAGUCUAGAUCCCCGACAAUGGUCUGUAGCAGUCGUAGAGUAUGGUCUGUCACAUUCCAUAACACACUACAAAACUGAUUUUGUGUUUAACCCCUGCACAUAUAGACUAUGUAUGCCUCUUGCCCCCACCCCCCUGUGCACCCAGCACCAAAUGGUAUGUACACUAAUAUUUGCCCUCUUUCACUCUUUCUCAGCCUCUCUCUGUUUUCACAAUAGUUCUGUUCUCUAUCCUGUGGAUCUAUGCAGAAGCCCAUUCCUUUUUUGGUUGUAAAUACGUUCCCUAGUAUGCUGAACAAUGUAUGUCUCUCCUUGUGUAUUUUGAGUUGAUGUCAUGCUGUUACUUUCUUCUUCUUCUUCUCCUUCUUCUAAUCCUUUUUCUUUAAUUUGAGCGUCUGAAAUCAUUGAUGUUAAAAGAGAAUGUGGUGAGGUUUAACCAAUAGACUCGUCCUCAGCUUCGCAACCUUAUUGUGAAAGGUUGUGGUUCUGUGUGUGUGAAAGCGAAAGAUUUAUGAUUAUAGAAAUGAAAAAGGUUCAAAGGCAUAUAGAAGUAUCAUUGCGAUUAUGAUUAUUAUGAUUACUAUUAUACUACCAGUAUAUUGUAAUAUUAUAGAUGCUUUAGUUCAAGUAACUUCUUUAAUUUUUUUACAAACAACUUUGAUGAAAUGAUUUAUAAAACAGUCUCACAAGUCAUGAUCUUUUCGAAAAGUAUGAAAACUACUGCUACAAUGAUUAAAAUUGUGUUCUGAUGAAAAUAAAUACAGACAUAUAAUCUG